CCUUCUCCCCGCCUCUCGCAAGAUGGCGGAGGGAGCCGCGCGGGGGAGAGGCAGCGGCAGCGGCAGCGGCGGCGGGCGCGUGCUCCGGUGGGCUUGAGGGAGGCCGGCGCGUGGGCGGCCUGCGAGGCAGGUUAGUUCUUUUGGAGAUUAAACACUUGGAGAGGAAAAUGACUUCGAUUAUCAAGUUGACAACGCUUUCAGGGGUGCAGGAGGAAUCUGCCCUUUGCUAUCUGUUGCAAGUAGAUGAAUUUCGUUUUCUUUUGGACUGUGGCUGGGAUGAAAACUUUUCUAUGGAUAUUAUUGAUUCUCUGAGGAAACAUGUACACCAGGUUGAUGCUGUUCUUCUUUCUCAUCCUGACCCUCUACACCUUGGUGCUCUUCCAUAUGCAGUUGGAAAAAUGGGGUUGAAUUGUGCCAUUUAUGCAACUAUUCCUGUAUAUAAAAUGGGACAGAUGUUUAUGUAUGAUCUGUACCAGUCCCGCCAUAAUACUGAAGAUUUCACGCUCUUUACAUUGGAUGAUGUAGAUGCAGCCUUUGAUAAGAUACAACAGCUGAAGUUUUCUCAGAUUGUGAAUUUGAAAGGGAAAGGACAUGGUUUAUCAAUCACACCAUUGCCAGCUGGCCACAUGAUAGGAGGCACGAUUUGGAAGAUUGUCAAGGAUGGAGAGGAAGAAAUUGUUUAUGCAGUUGAUUUCAACCACAAGAGGGAGAUCCAUCUGAAUGGAUGUUCCUUGGAAAUGUUGAGCAGGCCUUCAUUGCUUAUUACAGAUUCAUUUAAUGCUACUUAUGUACAACCCAGGAGGAAGCAAAGGGAUGAACAGCUACUGACAAACGUUUUGGAAACAUUACGAGGUGAUGGAAACGUAUUAAUAGCUGUGGAUACAGCAGGCAGAGUUCUGGAACUUGCUCAACUUCUUGAUCAGAUCUGGAGAACAAAAGAUGCAGGAUUAGGAGUCUACUCUCUAGCACUUUUGAAUAACGUCAGCUACAAUGUAGUGGAGUUCUCUAAAUCACAGGUUGAAUGGAUGAGUGACAAGUUGAUGAGGUGCUUUGAAGAUAAAAGAAACAAUCCUUUUCAGUUCCGCCAUCUGUCCUUAUGUCAUAGUCUGUCUGAUCUGGCUCGAGUGCCUAGUCCGAAAGUUGUUCUUGCCAGUCAGCCUGACUUAGAGUGUGGGUUUUCUAGAGAUCUUUUCAUUCAAUGGUGCCAGGAUUCCAAAAACUCUAUAAUUUUAACUUAUCGCACUACACCUGGAACAUUAGCACGAUUCCUGAUUGAUAAUCCUUCUGAAAAAGUUAUAGAUAUCGAGUUGAGAAAGCGUGUCAAGUUGGAAGGAAAAGAACUUGAAGAAUACUUAGAAAAGGAGAAACUAAAGAAAGAAGCAGCUAAGAAGUUAGAACAGUCUAAGGAGGCAGAUAUUGAUUCCAGUGAUGAGAGUGAUGCUGAAGAGGAUAUUGAUCAACCAACUGUACAUAAGACCAAACAUGAUUUGAUGAUGAAAGGUGAAGGCAGCCGGAAAGGAAGCUUCUUCAAACAGGCAAAGAAAUCUUAUCCAAUGUUUCCAGCCCCUGAAGAAAGAAUUAAAUGGGAUGAAUAUGGCGAGAUUAUCAAACCUGAGGAUUUUCUAGUUCCAGAACUUCAAGCAACAGAAGAAGAAAAAAGCAAAUUAGAAUCUGGUUUGACAAAUGGAGAAGAGCCUAUGGACCAGGAUUUAUCAGAUGUUCCUACCAAAUGUAUUUCUGCAACAGAAUCCAUGGAAAUCAAAGCCAGAGUUACAUACAUUGACUAUGAAGGACGCUCAGAUGGGGACUCAAUUAAAAAAAUUAUUAACCAAAUGAAACCAAGACAAUUGAUCAUUGUCCAUGGACCACCUGAGGCCAGUCAGGACCUUGCAGAAUGUUGCAGAGCUUUUGGUGGCAAAGACAUCAAAGUUUAUAUGCCUAAACUGCAUGAAACUGUAGAUGCAACCAGUGAAACUCACAUUUACCAGGUCAGAUUAAAAGAUUCUCUUGUCAGCUCUCUUCAGUUCUGUAAAGCCAAGGAUGCUGAGUUGGCUUGGAUAGAUGGUGUUCUGGACAUGCGGGUUUCGAAAGUGGAUACUGGAGUUAUUUUGGAAGAGGGAGAGCUGAGGGAGGAUGAAGACUUAGAGAUGCAAGUGGAUAUGCCUUCUUCAGACUCUAGCGUCAUUGCACAACAGAAGGCCAUGAAAAGCCUCUUUGGUGAUGAUGACAAGGAGAUGUGUGAAGAGAGCGAGAUCAUUCCUACUUUGGAACCUCUGCCACCUCAUGAGGUUCUUGGACAUCAGUCUGUGUUUAUGAAUGAGCCAAGACUGUCUGACUUCAAGCAAGUUCUCUUGCGAGAAGGUAUACAAGCCGAAUUUGUAGGAGGAGUGCUUGUGUGCAACAAUCUGGUGGCUGUUCGCAGGACUGAAACAGGGCGCAUUGGAUUGGAAGGCUGUCUCUGUCAGGACUUCUAUAGGAUAAGAGACCUUUUAUACGAGCAAUACGCUAUUGUCUGAGGAAGGUGCUGCAAAGAUAUUUUUACUUGAACUUUUAAAGACAAUGGAGAAUUCUCUCAAUUUUGACUUCUUGUAGUUUUCUAAUUCAUACAGGGGAAACCUAACUCACAAAGAUCAGUUAACUACCCUGAACAUGUAAAUAACUACUACUGUCAUUCUUCAUAAAUCUGUUGGUACAUUCCAUGUUGUUGACUUUCAAACUGUUAUGACUUGCUGUCUCCCACAUAACACAUUAUAAACGAGUUUAUGACUAUGAACCCUUCUCAGGUAAGGUUCAAUUUGUCAGGACAUGUUUUUGUUUCAUAGAUGCCUUGCCAAAGAGUACAAAAUACAUAUAAAUCAUUCUUCGGUUCUAAAAUAAGAUUAGGUGGGGAACUGUGGGUUUCUUUGCUUUUGUUCUCUUUUGGUUCUGUUUGUUUUUGGUUUUGUUUUUUUUUCUUCAAUAAUUUGAUUUAGGGAACAGUCUUGUGGGGUUUUUUUUGGGGGGGUGGUGGUUUUCUUUUUUUUUUAAAUGGAGGUUAGUUAAUGUACAUUUUUAAUAGCCCACUUAAAGCUAGACUACCUAAACUUUCCCCUGGUGUUAAUCUGGCUGCAUCUUAAUGUUGUAUCUGCUCCAUCUUACUGAUUUGUUCCAGAACAGCAUUUCAUAUUCUAUAUAAAGUAUCAAUCUGCAGGAUCAAAAAAUUAUUUUGGACAGGUACUCUAAAAAGACAGGAUAAUAUUGUCAGGCAGUUUAAAAUCCAGUAAUUGUGUGCUUCAGAAUAACUUCUGUACAAACUUAUAGAAUUUGUAACUUCUAGGUUUUGCAAAAUUAUGCCAACUAUAAAGUCUUUUUUAAGUUCUGAUCUUAAUGUUUUCAGAGCCUUUAUCGAUGCACCACAGUUGGUUCAGAGUGCCAUGAGUUGAGUUCAGGAAGAUCCUUUAUCUUGAAAUCUGAGUUCAUGCGAUGUAUUUAAUGCUUUUGUGCCAUGUUUUGUUCUAGUUGCAUGUUCUGUGCCAUUUUUCAUUCUAGUUGACAGUGGGACUUACUGUAGUUGCUGAUGCUAGGAAUUGACCUUAAGUUCUAGGUGAAGAUGAGCACAGUUUAGGGCGCCUUAAUUUCUCAGAAAUUAAUUUAUGCAAACAAAUGGCCUCUUGAGAGUUUUAAUCCAUUUUUCCCCUGUCCACAUGUGAACCACCAGCUUCAGCAGUGGAGGGUUGCUUGCUUGUUUUUACAUACAACAGCAAUGUAAUAUGUGCUCUCUGUGUGUAUGUUUAAAUAAAAUCUUUGAAAAAGUGGCAAAAAAUAGCCCUGUGGGCUAUCAAUGGAAAGAUAAUUUACUUGGCAAUUCAUUCUUGACAAAUAGUUUUCUAUCUGAUGUACAGAUUAUUUAUUACAUUUACAAUAGUAACUUAAAACUGAAGACCAUGUUAAAAAAAAGUAACACAAAACCAAAAAAACGAAACCAAACCUGCUAGAACUAUAUACUAAAAAUGUAAAAACUUGAAAAUUUAAUGGUGAGAGAGAAUGUAUUUUGUUACAUAAAGAAAAUCUUGGCUAGGAAUGACUGAAUGGCUCAAUGCUUUUUUUUUUUUUUUUUAAACAGUGUAGAAGAAUUUUUGUUUUCCAUUAUAUUGACAGCCAGAACUUCAUAGAAAUGUUCUGGUUUUGUACCUGUUUUGUAGCAAUGCUAUGUAAAUUUAUAUGAUACUGGAUGCCUGUUGGUGAAUACUGUUGUAUUACUAUUGUUGCUGAUAUUAAUGAACUUUUAUAAAGUGAGUUACUUUGUACAUUAUCAUAUUGGCCCUAGGAAUUCUAACUAGAGGGCUUAGGGUGGGCAGAGAUUGCACAUGCCUAUAUGGAAUAUGCUAAUAAAGGAAAUACCCCUUAGGAAAUGAAACUAAAAAUAUUGCUGCUUUUAAGAAAGGGAUAAAGACAAGACAGUGUGAUCAUAAACUUUUCUGUCAGUUUUGUUUGGGUUUUUAAACUGUUGAUUCAAAUCCAGCUAAGUUUAACCAAAGUUUAAUGCUAUCAGUCACUAAAUUCCCAUGUGUUCUGGUAAGGAGGUGAGAACCCCAAAUUAGUGCCAUUGCUAAGGAAAAGGCUCAAGUAUGAAGAAAACAGUGACUGUUCUAGUCGAUUCAGCAUGAGUGUGGCUUGAAAUGAGACCUGGAAAGCUGAUAUGCAAGGUGAUAGUCAUCUGAAUGCUGGGACUGAGGAAAGCUGGGUUUGUGGACAAUUCUGGUGGUGAGAGGGAUGAAGGGGAAUACAAGGCAUCUAUAGUAAAUUUAGGACAGGCUGCAGUCGAGCUGUGGAGCAGGUGUGAUCCUCAGCUAUGCAUUGAUUACUUGUAAACAGUGUGGAACUGAAGCAAAUAUCCAUGACUCUUCCGUAGUCUGCUAUCAGUUCUCUGAUAGAUUAUUAUAAUUGUUUUGUUGUUGUUCUUAACUGAUAGGCUUUAUACAAUAACAGAACUUCUCUGUGUAAGUUUCAGAGUUACUAAUGUGGUUCUUGUUUGUAUUGGAAAUUAAAGAUUCAUUUCCCCUUACCUCCACAGAAUGUCAGUGCUGCCAUGGACUGUAAGCUGUAUUUUCUGACUUCUGUAUUUUCUUCAUUAGCAGUAAAAGUUUGAUAAAGGAACAUUUUUUACUCUUUGCUUUGUUGCUCUUGAGGGCCAGAAUAUUAACUUCAAAUCAAACCUAGGUUUGGUACUUACUGACCAUUUAAAAAUAUUUCCUUCCAAGGGUCUUGGAUAAUUCAGAUUCCUCAGCUAAGAAGAUCCAAGAGGGUUUGGAGACACAGGAAGGGCAGAAGCUUGCCUUCUCCCAUCCCCAAAGUCUGUAGUAUUUGUGGAUAAAUCCCAGCUUUUGUAUUCUCUUCUUCCCGUGCCUAUGUAGUAGAAUAUGAAGACGUAUUUCAAAAGAUUCAAGGAAUGUAGAAGCAGAUCUCUUGAAUAAUAAUUAAAAAAUAGCUCUAGAAUUAAUUGUUAAGCUGUUCACAUUGUCUAAACAUAGUUUUACCCUGAAGUUAUUUAACUUUAUGUGGGUGAUAGUCUCAUUUAUAAUCAUUUUACUUCAACAGUAUGUACUGGAGGUGAGGUGAAGCUGAAAAUCUUUCUUUUUCCCUGAACAAUAUUUAGACUUAACCAGAUCCACUUCUCAAAAUAUGCUGUUAAUGGAAAGGUAGCAUGCCUUGCAUUCAGUCAGAGUAACAGUCUCAUGAGACCAUUUGAGAUCUAUUUGCUAGUAAAACGUGCUUGGAAAGGUAGGAAUUCUCCUCUAUCUGUACUAGCUUUUAAUGGCAGUCAAACACUAUUUGUUUGAAAUAAACAAGCAGAACCACCUUACCAACACCCCCCAACCCCCUCCCCCAAAUAUAAAUAAUUGUUAUAGGGGGUUGUACCCUAAAACACUUAUGUUGUGCAGAAGCAAGAUUUCUUUGAUAAGGUAUGACAUGUAUUAAUAUAUUUCAGUUAGAAAAGGGCAGUGUAUUGCCUGGGGAAAAGACAUAAACCACUAAAAUUUUUUGACACUUUGGCAAAAUAGAUCUUACAGUAAGGAUCUGAACAUUGCAUAAUAUUCUGUUCCAUGGCUAUUACAGAUGAUUUCAUAGUUUUAAAAAGGUGGUGUUGGGGAAGAUGAUCUUGCGGUCAAAUCUGAUAAAGAAAUGUGUCCAGUAAACAGAAUUUAAGUCUUGAUCUGAAAACUGUAUAAGGAACCGAUGGUAGCUCAAGAUAAAGAAGUGAGAUCAAAAGAAUCUUCAAAAUUGCUUAUUGAAAUUUAUUUUUUAAACUAUUUUAAACAGUCUUAAGUCUCCUCUUCCUGAGACUCAGAUUGGAAAAGAGGCGUGACACAAAGAUCAAAUUUGCAUCACUAAGACUUAUUUUGCAAAUGGGAGGCGGUUGCAUGGGUUUCCUGCAAGUACAGAACAGGGUAGUUAGCUGAGGCUCUUGUAAGCAGUGUUAAUCAUAGAGUAUUUUUACUCCUUCCACUGAAGUAGAAAGCUAUCAUUAUCAUAACACAAGCUUUUGUAGAAAAUCAUCCUUCACAAAGUUUGCCAGCAGGGCAAAUAUUUCGCUGAAUGCUUUGGAUGGUCUUAAAUGGCAUCCUCCCUCCAUGAUAAGCAGUAUAUGUUGUGAACCAUUAGUGUACCUCACACUGCUUGACCAGUAUUAACCAAGGGAUGAAAGAGUGCAUUGUUUCAGAUUGAUCUAAAUUACUUUAAUUACAUUAGUAAAAUUCUUCAUUCCUUGUCCUAAAAGGUAUCUUAUUGUUUCUGGCAGAGAAAUUCUGAGAAGUGGUUGCAGUUCUGUGGUAAGUGAACUGAAUGCUCCCUUCAGCUUAGUAACGCUUGGUCACAGUGGUAGAAGGGGAAUAUGUGUUCUCUUGUGUAGCGAGUGUGGAAGUUUGAUAAAUAUUAUUUUACAAAUAUGGGAGAUAUAAAGAUAUGGGAGAACUAGAAUGUUUAAUGCAGUACACUUUAAAUUUAACUCGCUUGAUAGAUUAUAUAUUAUUGCUGUGACAAAAAGUAAAAAAACCAUGACUCCAUUUUUGAGUCAAACUUCCAAUAAGUCAUGUAGCUGGUUUCCUGGAAAAGAAGGAUCCAUAGAAACUCAAAACAUUAUGAGGACACAAGUUUGGUAUAUGACCUUUAAGCAGUAAUAACCUGCCUGUUGUUGCAUAAUCCUCUUAGGUGAUGUAAGGUGGAUCUGUGGUUCAGCAGAUGAAUAAUAAUGACCUAAGCAUCUGCCGAAAAGUAGAGUUUGUAACUGCACUCUGGUAUUUGCAAAUUUUGGUAACGAGCAAAUACAUUAUUUCAGUUGUAUAGGCUUUGCUUAAAUGUCAUUUUCGGUGAAGUUUUUCUGAAGUGCUAACAACUUCUCUAAAAGGUAUUUUUAACAAACGGUUCUAAAGAAAUUUGCAGUGAUGGUAAUUUCAGUUAAAAAAGAAAAGAAACCCAAACCACAAACUCUCUGUCCAACUUAGCUGAAGGUUGAUAGCAGUUUUUGUAAAAUUAACUUUGGAAAAUUACAUAGGGAGAUCUAUGGACAGAGUUCAUUGUGCGGUAGUGGCUAUGGUGCCCUUGCGGGUAUUUAAGAUGUAGAAAAUAAAGCAUAAUAUUUAAUGUCAAGUAACAACAUUGGAACUUUUGCAGCUAAGUAACUAUUCCAUCUCCAAUGUGUUAAAGGAUUUUUUUAGAUACAACCAAAUAUAUUUUUUCCUUUGUAGCUAAUCAGUUUAUAGGAAUAUUUAGGUGUCUAUUAUGAAGAAUAAACUCAGCAACACAAUUGUUAAGCAACAGCACUUGGAGUGAUCAGUUUCUCAAGCCGAUGGUUUCAUCGGUACCUUCUUAAAAUUGUCACUUAACUGCUGCCUUGUCUGCAAGGAGUCUGGUUUAGUUGUCUCACCAGUUCUUGUGACAGAGAGCACAGUCAUUUUCUAGGCUGCUUUACAGCAAAGUAAAUCAGAACAAGAGCUCUAAUUUAGAGUGAUCCUGCUUAGAUCACUGAGAUCCUGUGAAGAAAAAAUUAAUAGCUUAGAAGUUGGAAGCUUUUAUUGGGGUUUGUUUGAAGUUGUAGUUGUAUGUAAAAAAAAAUUGCAGUUAAUCUAAUCUGGAGAAACUACUGCUUCUUCUCCAGUUCUGUACACUGUUGCAGAAGAACAACUGGCUUCAGAAGUGACUGGGUAUUGGUGAUAAUACUUGCCUUAAGGUAUAUUUUACAGUAAUUGCUUCAGAGUUAGUCUUUUUUUUCCUCUUUUAAGUCAAUGUGGGUAAGUUUUAUAGUGUGCUGAUCUUGGCUGUUACUACCAGUGUUUCUCAGAAAUAAUUCUGAAGGGGGUAGGUAAUACGCCUUUAUCAGUAUUGUAUAGAAAAAUUGUACAAGAGGAUUUUUCUAAGAUCCUUGACGGAAAAAAACCUGAAUGCAGAUAGAACUUAGUCAUUGCUAAAACUCAGUAGAACUGCUAGCCAUUUAAUUUCUGUAUCUGCUAGUACUCAGUGCUAGAAACAGGCUUUUAAGGAAUACUUUGUGAUGGCAUUGUGCAAUGAACUAUUCAAGUAAAAAAAAAAUUACCCACAUUUAGCUAACUGGCCUGUUGUAUAUGCUUCAAGAUGUGAACCUGAAAAAGUUUUCAUGGUGUAAAUUACGUAUCAAAAAGCAGGAGAUGAGACAUAUAAUAACAUUGCCACCUAUUUUGCAGAUUUACCACAUGCCUGGGGCAACAGUUGUAGCUUAUCCAAGUAAUUAUUUGUAUGAGGACAUAAUUGUUAUGUCUUCUGUUGUUUUCAGGGAACUUGUUUAGCUGCUUUGGAGGAAAAACCCUGAGCGUGAUGUGAUCCGUUAUAAAUUAUUGGCAGGUAUUCUGCAAGCCAUAAUAAUGAACUAUCCUUAAAAAUCAUCAGGGAAUUAUUUUUUUGCCAUUUUGCAGCUCCUGAAGGAGUUGCACAGCUGGCAGAGCAUAUUGCCCGUCACCAUGCCAGACUUGGCAUUUGAAAGCCUGACAGACUGCUUUGUGCUGGGGCGCUAGCCAUGGAUCAGCAGUGUGCAACAGUAUGAAGAUAGUAAGCGUUUUAUUUUUUGCCCUUUGUAGGAUCACACGAGUUAAUGCUUCAUUUAUAAAGAGGCCAAACUGUUUUCUGAACCUACCACGGACUUGUGUCACAUCACGUGGGCAGGUUAGCCCCCAUGCUGCAGGACUCUAUAGAGGAAUUAUGUUCUUGAUGUAUUCUGGUAAAAUUGUCUUAGUAUCAAAGUUUGGAGUCACUCUGUAUAGCCUGCUUUUCAUGUUUUAUGUAAUUUUAUUAAGCUUCAGUAUUUCUUUCAUAAUCUCCCUGAUUUUACUAAUGCACAAUAUUGCAAAUGCAGUAUAAAACUAGUCAACAGACUUUAAAUCAUUUGUGUAUCUCUAAACCUCUUACGCUGAUUAAAAGUGUUAAAGCUAUUAGUAUUUUUUAUGUAACUGGAUCUAAAUUUAGUUUCUGUUGCAGUCAAAAAACUCUCCAGUGUUGCAAACCAUGAUCCUAAUCUGCUUCCUCUUGGAGUCGAUGGCAAGAGUUCUUCAGCGCAGCUUUUGUGUUUCUGUGUGUGGAUGACUUGAAUAGUUAACACCAUGUUUAUCAUAGAAAUUCAGUAACAACUCUUCAUAGUUCUGACUUCUCUUCCAGAAGUGUCAAAAUACUACUUUUGUUCUUGUGUGAAAUAGGAUUUCAAUUA